UUAGCUAGACAACAUAUAAAAAGAUGGGCUGAGCCUCACAACGCUUCAGUGGAUUCUCCACCAUCAGAAAGAGAAAUGUCUGACCAAAAUGUCCACAAGGCUGGUUUCACUUCCUCUGGGAUCACAAAAGGAUCGCUUGCUUCAUCCAUAAUGUCCCAGGAAGCAAAAGCGUCUGGGGGAGGCGUGCAUUCUGGAGGUCCUACUGCUACUCUCCAAAAAAUGGGUGCCGAAGGCUCAACCCAUUCAGCAGGCUUUACCAGCAGUGGGAUUGCUCCUGAAUCCCAGGCCUCCGAGAUGAUGUCUGAGGAGGCCAAAUCAAACAAAGGCAAAACUCCCAGGGGCGGUACAACUUCCACUGCCCAGUCCAUCUCAAUGGGUGGCAAAGGAGGAAGGUCCUGAAUAGAAGAAAAACAUCAGUCCAGAAGCAAGCUCUUCAAGCAGUUCAUCUUUACCAACAUCCUUUACCACAGUCAUUUGACAACUUCACCCCUUCUUUGCUCUCCCUGUCACUGACCUAAAAAGAAAAGCCUUUUUCCAAUGCACAGAUAAAGUUUCUAAUAAAAUGA